CGACAUGGCGUCCGAGACCGAGACGACGCCGCUGCGCAUGCAGUACAUCUUGGCCAAGGCAUCGCGCUGGCAGCCAUGGAAGGCGACGAGUCCGACGCACCGGUUCUUCCUCCUCCUCUGCGUGUGCUGGGUACCGUUUGGUGGGCACUUUGUCAAGAACGGCAUGUCGUCGCUCGAGCAGCUUAUGCUCGACGAUCCCACGUACCCGAUUUCCAACACGAUGUACGGCGCGAUCAACUCGGCCGUCUCGAUCCCCAACAUGGUGCUUCCCUUCCUCGGCGGCCACAUGCUCGAUCGAAAAGGCUCGGGCUGCAUUCUCUUCUUCCUCGUGCUCAUGUGCUGUGGCCAAACGCUAUUUGCGUGGGCCAUGGGCGUCCACGAGUGGCCAUAUGCACUCGCGGGGCGCAUCAUCUUUGGCAUGGGCGAAGGCAGCGUCGUUGUCGGUGCCCGCGCGAUCGUCGCGUACUGGUUUGACGCGUCCGAGCUCACGUUCGCCAUGGGUACCAUGGUCGCCGUGACGAACCUUGCCAAGAUGCUAGCCAAAGCCACGGUCGCGCCCGUGGCCCUGCACUAUGGCGGGUAUGUCUAUGGGUUUUGGUACGGAGAUGCGGUGUGUCUCGGGUCGCUUCUCUUUGCGGUCGCGGUCGUCCGCCUCACACGCGUGCUCAAGCGGCUCAAGAAGCGGCUCAAGUUUCAAGUGCGGACAGGCGCGCCGUUCGAUCCGACAUUGCGUUGGCUCAAAAUGUACUUUGUCGUGCAGCACAAGCCGACCAUCGAGCGCCUCGGGCACACAACGCUCCGCGACUUUACCGGCUCGUUUCCCGCCAUGUUUUGGAUCGUUGUCGCGCUCCACGUGACGUUCAUCAACGUGUUCCACCUCUUCCAAAACAUUUCGGCCAGCUAUCUCUACCAAGUGCACGGCUACUCGAUCGUGAACGCGGGGUACAUGAGCAGCCUCUCGCACUCACUUGUUAUGUUUUCGCCGUUCCUCGGCCUCCUCCUCGACAUGGUUGGCGGUCGGCUCAUCUGGGUCGUUCUCUCGACGCUCUGCGGCGUCGCAGCGUACGCGUGGCUCAUCUUUACGCCGUGGACGCCGAUCGUGCCGCUGCUCCUCAUCUCGCUCUGCCUCUCGACGACGCCCGCCGUGCUCAUGGCCAGCAUCCCGCUCACGAUCCCCAAGGAGCGCUUUGGCAUCGCGUUCGGUAUCGUUGAGGUCCUUGACGCCUUUGGGGCGACGUGCGGCAACGUGCUCGUCGGCUACCUCCGCGACACAACCGGCGCGUUCGACUACGACCUGUAUUUCUUCCUCCUCCUUGCCGUGACAGCGUUUGGCUUGAGCCUGCUCUUGUACGUGCAAGACGCGCAGCACGGUGGUGUCCUUGGCGCGCCGACGUACAAGCCGCGUGCUCGGUCGAUCUGCGACGACGCCGACGCGGUCGUCGACCUUGCCCAAUUGUAUGUAGAAAGCGACAGUGAAGCGAGCCCGCCACCGCGGCGCCUUCACUAACUGCAACGACAUUUUUCU